AUUGUCAAAUGUCACCAUUACAUUUUAAGAGUUAUUUUGAGCAAAUUUGGUUAGAGUUUUGUUAUUCGUAGUAGUUUUAUUAAAAGACUAUUACAAUUAUUAUAUUUAAAUAAAAUCUUAUAAUCUGAAUACAAAAUGCAUUGCAUUAGAUCCGUUUUAUCACAUCUACGGAGAUCACGGGAGAUAACACCCUGUAUUCAGCGUGUAAUAGAAACAAAAUCUGUAAUACACAAUACCCGGUUUUAUUCUAUUCGACAAGAAGACACAUCGGAUGAACUUGUAAACGCUAUAUGCAAAGGUGAUCAGGACCUAGAAAAAAAGUUGAGAAUACUCAUGCUUGAAGUGGAAGUUAUGCGACAAGAUGGUCGUUGUGCACCAGAUACAAUGAAUAUAGACCAUUGGACACAUUUACUAAACUUAACAAGUAAAAACCAAAGAUCUACUUAUCUAACUUACUUAUGGAAGAAUGAAAAAACAAGAGAAAAUAAAAAGGCCAAGAAAGAAGCUAAGAGAAAAGAAUUGGAUAGUAUUAUACCAGAACCAGAGAAAGAAUAUCCAGAUGAUCUUUUAUAUGGCAUUAAAUAUCAAUCAUUAUUUUUGAGAAUUCGUGACCAGUCCAUAAAUACAUUUGAUAACUACAGAGCAUUACAAGCGUUGAUGCAUGGACAACCAGUAAUAAUAGACUGCUCAUAUGAAGAACACAUGGUGUGGAGGGAAAUUGUUAAUGCUGCAAAACAAAUGACAUAUGUUUUUGGUGAUAACAGGACACACAAAGAUCCUUUCAAUUUAUAUAUGUGUAAUGUUAAUAUGAAAGGUGAAUUUAUGAAGCAGAUGAGAAAAAAUAUACCAUCAAUUGAAGAACCAUGGUUUCCAAUGAAUGUCUGCACACAAAGUUAUUUGGAUAUUUUUCCAAAAGAAAAGUUGGUAUACUUAACUCCACACUGUCGGCAAGAGUUAACAAAUUUUGACCAUGAUGAUGUAUACAUUGUGGGAUGUAUGGUGGAUAAGAUGAACAAUGAACCAAUUUCCUUAGCAAAAGCAAAAAAAGACAACAUAAGAAUGGCCAAAUUACCAUUGGACAGAUAUUUAGAAUGGGCGCCUGGUUCAAAGAAGAAUUUAAACAUAAAUCACAUGAUCCCAAUUCUUUUGGAUUUGAAGAGUACAGGUGACUGGGAAUAUGCACUGCGACACAUUCCAAGAAGAAAACUAAUGGAAACUAAAAUAUUAGCCAUGCAGAAAAAGUUAAAAAACAAUCCAAUGUUAGAAGACACAGUAUUUAAGAAUUUCAGAAAAAGUAAUUUAGGUCGCAAAUCAGAAUAUUUUCUAAAAGAUAGAAAGUCUAAAUCCAGAUCUUUGUAUAAUGAUGAUGUGCACUAAAAAUAAACAUGGUAUAAAUUUAAAA